AAUAUUCUUUAACAGAAACACACAUCCCGCAUAACAACAUUUAUGAUAACAAUCAUCAAAUAGUGAUCAAUUAUAUAUUUUUAGUUUUUAAUUGACUCUUAAUUGAUGAAGAUCUCGGUAGUAAAGCGAACAAAACGAAAAAAAAUACAUAAAAAAUAAACUAAAAUUUAAAAAGCCUACAAAAAAAAUGGGUCGUUCUAGUUCAAAACCUUUACAAAAACCCAAUAAUCCUUUGCAGGAAAUACAAUACAAAGAGUCGCAAAGAGAACGCACCCGCCUGCAGCAGGAGAAAGAGAAAAAACAAAUUGCUCGGCUACAAAAGAAACAAGCGAAAAAGCAAAAAAAGUCCAAACGUAAACAACGUCCAUCCUGUAGUCAGGACCCAGCAUUACAACUUGCAGCAUCUCAGCCCUGCAUACGUCAGCGUGGUAGUGGCGAGAGUCCACAAUCGCAAACGAGUUUCAAUUAUCACACUAUGCGUUAUGAUUUUCGGCGCCAGGAUUUAAAUCGUCAAUUGGAAACGAAAAUACAAAAACUGUUAAAUGAAGACUUGUGUGAAUUUAUUUUAAAUCAAAUGGCCCUGACUAUGCAGUUUUUUAAAAACUAUGAAAGUGAACUCUCCACUAUGGCAGAAGAUAUGUUGAACAGUGAAAAACAACUCAAUAACAAUUUGGAAGAACAUUCGAUUCUGCUAACAAACCCCCUAGAUAUGGCGGUAGCAAAAUGGAUAAACUACAAGCCCUUCCAUGGCGCCGACAAGAAUAAUGUUCAACUUUUGCAGACUCAAACCAUCUAUGUAGUAUUUGAAAAUAUCGAUAUCGCCCGACCCAAUGAUGCCAAUUACGAUUCCAUAUCUCCUCUGUGUAAAGUUGAUAUGGAAUUGGAUUUCCGUGAGACUACACCGUGUAAGGAGGACUAUAUGCAAAUGCUUAACAACAUCAAAUGGAAGGGUUAUGUGCGCCUAAGAUUACGUGAGGAUCCUAAAAAUUCCAAGACUCUAGCAGGGGACUUUGAAGAUAUCUACAGUGAAGGCAGUUCGGGCUAUGGCACAACAAGUCCUUACAGCAGUAAAACUAUUUUAAAUACUUACGAUAAUGACACCGAACAAGACUAUGAUUACGCGUUUAUAUCACAUUUGAAUACUCAACAUCCUCUCAGAGAGCUUAAAAUGUCAAAUACCCGGGAACAGCAUAGAAUAGAUGCCAAAGUUUUGCCCGAAUCUUGUGUAUCAUCGUUGGGUAAUUUUGUGCAGCCUUUGCAGGAAGAAGAAUUUACCGAUGAUGAGGAGGACAGUGAAAGUGAAUAUGAGGAUAGUGAUGGCUGUGAGAGAGUUGAGGAUUAUAGAGAUUAUGACACUUUGCAGGCCAUUAAACUAUACCGCAUUGAGUUGGAGAAAAGGCGCAAGCUGUUGGCCCAAAAUUACUUAAAUUCUCGAGAAUUUAUGAAAUAUUUUGGGGAAUUGGUGCGCAAAAAAUUGGCUGAACAAUUAAAUAUCACGGAAAUGGAUUUAAAUGAGGCCACUUAUCGAGGCACUUCUAUAUACACCAGCAAAUAUGAACUAAUACCGGCCAUCUAUGCCGCCCAAAAUGUAUCGGACUGGCCCAAGUGUGCCUUUGAGUUUAGACUCAGAGAUCGUCCAGUUUCCACCAAUCCCCAAACGGGACAACAAAUACAAUGGCCCACUAGAGCCAUGAUUAAGCGCAUAGAAACAUUUGGUUUUCAUGUCAUACCCAUGGGCUAUGCUCCCAAAAAGAAACGUAAUCCUUUUAGGGAAAUCGAAUGGCGUAUAGUGUUUCCCAAGGCCGAGCGUUAUCUGGAACAGCAUUUGACUAGUGCUCAGGUUAAAGUCUACAUGAUGGCCAAAGCUUUAAUCAAAAGUUUCGUAGAGCCUCUGGAAAAGAACAAGGCUUUAAUGUUUGCUUUAGAUCAUUUGCGCAUGCAUUUAUUUUGGGAGUGCGAAAGAGACUACACUGCCUGGCCCGAAGAGUUCUUGGGUGAAGUGCUGCUACGUUUUAUUAAUUCUUUCAAGCAGAGAGUUAAAGAGAAGCAACUAAGUGAUUAUUUCAUAAGAGAGCGUAAUUUGUUCGAAAGCAUACCCGAAUAUUCUCUCAACACUUUGUACACAAUUUUGGCUGAUAUCACGGCUAAUCCGGUAAUGCAUCUUAUGAUAGCCUUCCGUAAUCUGGAAUUUGUAGCUGACUACUUUCCCAAAUUGAACUUUAAAAAGUUGUACGAAAACUUAAUGGAAAAUGACAUGGUGAAAUUGAAAAUGUUAGCCAAGAAUGCUCGAUCUCUAAUUGAUUUGGUGCAAGAGAAUGAGGAUGAAUCGUGUUUGAUGCCCGAUGAGGGAGCCAAAGGUUUGUUGGGCAUAAAGCAUCAUCAUGUCCGAACAAACGGUAAACUGAGACGUAAAACCCAUUUAUUAAGGCACAAUAUAGAAAUGAAGAAGCAGGAAAUGCUGGCCAAAAGACGUUCGGUGGAGUCAAUAGAUGUAGAGUUCUUUUUCAAGCGCAACAUUAAAUCCUCCCACACACGACAACUCAAUCAAGGAGUGGAAAACCUUCGACGCACCAAUAUCUUGGAAAUUGUACUCGAUCAUUUAUUGGAAAUGGCCGCUAAAGCUAUACAAUUUCAUGCCGUGGUAAUGGCCAGGACAUAUUUAUCUCAGGCACGCAGAUUAUGUAAAUGUUAUCACAACUACGGCUGCGAUAUAGGCGCCAAAGAAUAUUUGGCCUCCAUACACAAUCUCGAUGAAGAAUUGCAAAUCAUUUAUGACAAAGAAGACUUUUCCAUGGGACCACCUUCAUUGCCAAGAAGAAUAAGUACGGAACCAGUUUUGCCGGAAGUACCACAAAGUAUUGAAGAAAAUUCCUUUAAUUUAUAUGAAGAAAUGUUACCACAAGACAAUGUAGCAGCCUCGCCGGAUAUAAAGAAAUGUUUGAAAUUUCGAACUGGUAGGGACAGUGUUAUGGAUGAAGUGGUAGAGAGAAGUGAACCUGCCUCACCUAUACGAUCACCAGAACCUAGAAAAUCUAUUAAAUUUCGCAAUGUAGUGGUUGAGGUACAGCCUGGAGAUAUCAGUCCCAUACAUUCAAUUACUGGACUGGAUACAGAAAUUAAAACUUGUUUAAAAAACCCUAGCAGAAUAUCAAGUCCUUCUGAGAAUAUAAAUCCUCUUAGAUCACCUGAACCUAGAAAAUCGAUUAAGUUUCGGGAUAAAGUAAUCAUGGUACAUCAAGGCGAUGUGAAUCCUACACAAAAACCUCAAGGCUACAGUCCAGUUAGUAUUCUAAGAUCUAAGGCAGAAACCAAACAAAUCGAAGACCAUAACUCUGAAAGUGAAGAUGAUGAAAUUGAAGAGUUAGACGAAGAAGAAAAUGAAAAAUCUUGUGGUAACUCCACCCUCAACGAUAAACAGUCCUUAAUACCAUCUUAUCUUCGUAGCAAAUUAAAAAGUUCCUCCGAUUUCAUAAAGUCUUCACCCAUAGGCAAUUCAGAGAUAUUUCAAAAUAUUUCUCAGAAUACCAACCACUUUCUUAAUGAUAUGACGGCCGAAGAGAAAAAGGCUCAUAUACGUGAAAUGCUAAAACGUAAAACUCUACGGCUAAAGGGUGUUUUCAAUCAGUCUUCCGAUACUUAGAUUCUCAUUCCUAGUAAUUUACUACAUUUUGUACUCGUAAACUCGUAAAUGAAUAAAAAUAAAUUAUUUCCUUU